ACAGCAGCGCCGUAUUUUCUGCUGCAUUUUUAGUGUUUAAUAGUGCUUUAUUGGUACUUUCUUAUUGUUUUUUGUGCCAUACCGGCCCCCUAAGCAAGUGUGCAGCUAUGGAUGUUCAUCUUGUUACGUUUGUAGCUUGCUUCUUGCGGGAGACGCCUUCAUUCACAGCUCCAUUGUUUACACUCGGGAGCAGCUGUUAGCUUUGAGCCACACACACCUUCGCUAUGCCAAGCGACCGGAGAUCCCCGCGGAGAUACAGAGGAGGAGAGCUGCAUAGCGGGAGUGAAGCGCCGACAGCGGUAAAGACGGUAUAAACCAUGUUUACCGUCUGUCGUCACAGGGUACGCGACAUCCCUCCCCAACAAGAUGGAAGAGCUAACGGUGCUAACCCGGCUGCAGAGGGACGACCGUGUGCGUUGUGCUUGGAGUGAGGCGAUAGCCUGCCUUCCCAGGAGUUUCACACUCAUUCCCGCUCACACCAGCUGCGCCCCGGCCAUGGAUCUUCUCUCCUCCCUCACAUCCUCGUCCUCCUGCCCUCACUUGUACCGUUUACCCGGUCACCACGGAAACACCUCCCUCAGCCAGGUGAUCCUGCGGCAUUACAACCACACGGGCCGCCUGCACAACCGCGCCGCGCCAAACUCCCAGAACCCCAUCAGCGCCUCCAUGGCCGUCCUCCUGUUCUUCAGCGUUGUCAUCGUCCUGGAGAAUUCCUUGGUGCUGGCGGCCGUCGUUUCCCUCAUCCGCCGCAGCCGACGUUGGGUGUACGUGUGCAUCGCCAACAUCACGGUCAGCGACCUCCUGACGGGCGCCGCCUACCUGGUCAACAUCUGCAUGUCCGGCAGUCGGACUUUCCACCUGGCCCCGGCGCUUUGGCUUUUCCGAGAGGGCAUGCUGUUUGUCGCCUUGGCGGCAUCCAUCUUUAGCUUGCUGCUGAUCGCCGUGGAGCGGUACAUGACCAUCAUGAAGCCGCUGCCUCACAAGUCAGCCGGGAGCACCUACUACAGGAUCUACGGCCUGGUGGCUCUCUGCUGGGUUUUGGCGCUGGUGCUCGGGUUCCUUCCCUUGUUGGGAUGGAACUGUGUGUGCAGCCUGGACCGGUGCUCCACCCUCCUGCCUCUCUAUUCCAAGACCUACAUCUUGUUCUCCCUGGUCAUCUUCUUCCUAAUUCUCCUGGCUAUCGGCGUGCUCUACGGCGCCAUCUACUGCCACGUGCACAGGAGCGCACAACUGGGGAUCCAGCGCUGCCGCAAGCGCUCCUUGGCCCUGCUUAAAACCGUCAUCAUCAUCGUGGGGGUCUUCAUGCUGUGCUGGGGGCCGCUGUUCCUUCUGCUGCUGGUGGACUUCUUCUGCACGUCCCGCCAGUGCGCUCCGCUCUUCAGCGCCGAUGUCUUCAUCUCCCUGGCGGUCCUCAACUCGGGCGUCAACCCCAUCAUCUACGCUCUGGGCAGCGGCGAGAUGAGGAGGGCCAUGGCUCGGCUCCUGUGUCUCUGCCGCCUCUGUCGCAAGGAGGCCUUCUCCUCCAAGGAGACCAGCAGCACCUCGGAGAGCAAGGCCAGGAACCUCGGCGUGGCCUCCCCGAGCAAGUCUCGCAAGGCCUGGAAAAAAUGCAGGCUGAGCUCCACCACCAGCUGCCUGUCGGUUUCGAGUGGUUAGACCACAACACGGGCCCCUCCCAUGCAAAGAGGACCUGUGAAGCGUGCUUCACACGUUCAGUAGAAGCGUUUCCUCUCACACGACCACUCCUUACACCCCGGCGUUGCUUCAGUGACAUUUUCUAUGUAUGCCAUUGGAAAGGAGAAGAAAUACGUCCAUCUGGGGCUGCAUGAGUGCUGCCGGAACUGGGGGGGAGCUGCAGAGGUAUCAAUUCCAACAUGUAGCAGUUGUCCAACACAAAAAGGAGCCCAAACACGCCUGCAUGUGCCAGCUGGGGAAGCUGGAGGUGUUCACUGUGAGCUCUACUCACUUGUGUUGCCAACUAUUUCGACAAAAAUGGAUGUGUGGACGACUAUCCCAGCUGUACACUGACUACUCAAAGUCAUAAAUGUGCAACAAUAAAGUUGGACAUUUACAACAAUGAAGUCGUAAAUUUGCACCAAAAAAAAGAAUAAAUGUAUGAAAAUAAAGUCGUAAAUUAACAAAAAAAAGUCACACAUUUAUGAGAAUAAAAGUUGUUAAUUUAUGAGAAAAAAAGUUGUACACAUACGAGAAUAAAGGUGUAAAUUUACGAGAAUAAAGGCGUAAAUUUACGAGAAUAAAAGUUGUAAAUUUAUGAGAAAAGUGUCUUUUUUACGACUUCAUUCUCGUAAAAAAAGUCGUAAUUUACAACGAUAAAGUUUUACAUUUACAACAAGUCGUAAAUUUGCAAAACAAAAAGGAAUAAAUGUAUGAAAAUAAAGUCGUAAACUAAGGAGAAUAAAGUCAUAAAUUUAUGAGAAUAAAAGUUGUAAAUAUACGAGAAAAAAAGUUGUACAUUUACGACAAUUAAGUCGUACAUUUACAAGAACAAAGUCAUAAAUUGAUUCAAAUAAAGUCGUAAAUUUAUGAGAAUAAAGUUGUAAAUUUACAGGCAAAAAAUGUAUACAUUUAAGAGGAUACAUUUACGAGAAUACGACUUUACGACUUUAUUACAUUUACGAGAAUAAAGUUGCAAAUUUUAAAAGAAUAAAGUCAUAAAUUAACAACAAAAAAGUCAUACAGUUAUGACAAAAAGUCCUAAAUUCACAAGAAUAGAGAUUUACGAGCAUAAAAAAGGAUUAUAUUACCUUUGCCCAAGGCCAAAGGUCACAUAAAUCCCCAAUUUUCAUAGCUGUCUCAAGCAAUGCCUGUUACGACGGAGUAUUAAAAUAAUCUGAGAUUUAAGAGAAUAAAGUCAUAAAUUAACAAGGUUAAAAUCGUAAAUUUACCAGAAAAAACUCGAAAUAUUACGAGAAUAAAGUCUUAAAUUUACGAGAAAAACUCGUAGCUUUAUGUGACAGGCAUUGCCUCAGACAACUUCGAAAAGGGGGGACUUAUGUGACCUUUGGCCCUUGGCAAAGGUAAUAAUAGGACUUUUUUCUUGUAAAUUUACGACUUUAUUCUUGUAAAUUUAUGAUUUUUUUCUCGUUAACGUACGGCUUUAUUCUCGUUAAUUUACGACUGUAUUCUCGAAAGGCACGACUUGUUUUCUUGUAAGUGUAGGACUUUAUUCUCGGAAAUUUACCACUUUAUUCUCGAGAUCUCAGAUGAUUUUUCAAUGUGGCCCUAAUGCUCCGGCGGAAUUUUUGCAUGUCAAAAAAAAAAGGUAAUUAUUCCGAUUUUUUUCAAAAUGAGAGUACCAUGGUUUAUUCCAGUGCGGCCCAAAUAAUUAAUAAUAAUAAUUUGUAAAGACAUACUGUAAGUGUAUGGAUGUGUAUUGUGUUCAUAUGCUGUGUCAGUAUAGCAUUUAUAGUUCGUACCUGCUGACUGUUUUUUGAUAAAUAUGAAUAAAACAUUCCACAUGGAAUAAGCUUGGCUGGCCAUUCUUUCUGCACUGGACUCAACCUACUCCACUGAAAAAUAAAAUACAGACAAAUCCCA